UGACAAGCCGAUCACCCGUGCACUACUUUACGUAAUUAAUAAAUCAACAAAAGAAAAAGGCGAAAAACUAUUUGCCUCUUAUCUGAUUUAAGGGCUUUGGAAAAAAUGUUUUGAAAAUCAAGAAAUGAGGAAAGGCGAUGAGAGUUUAUAACUUGAUUACCAUAUUGUCUGUCGUGUUAGCGACGCAGACACUGGGUUUAGAGGGACGUAAAAGACAUCACCGUCAUCACCACAAGACAAAACACAGUCCACAUCACAAGAGGAGAUUAGAAAAAUCAAAAGGAUUAGUUCCAUUAAGUCGUGAUAAAAUCGAGUGGGGAAAUCUUGGACAAAAAUUCACGGAGAAUCAGUUGACGUACAAGGCGAAUAAAGUCGCCAAAGUCUACAAGAAUCCAUUUCUUAGAAAUGAAGUGAUACAUAAGAAGGGAAGAACAGCGUGGAAGCGCUCUGAAGGCGAGUAUGGUAAAGGUGAACACAAGGGGAGUGUUGGACUUGAACGGAAGGUCCCACAAAGGGGAUCUAAGAAGGAGAAGAUCCACCACAAGUCCAGAUCCAAGAAGUAUGAACUCGGUUAUCCCACUAUGCAAACAUCACAAAGCCAAAGUCAAGGUUAUGGCUUAGGCUAUGCUGGCAAUCCAAUGGCUCAGCUAAUGAGCCAACAGGUCACGGCUUAUCAGCCGAUGGGUAGCCCGGGAGUGUCUGCGUACGCCAGUAGUAACGGUGGACAGGGGGCGGAUGAGCAGGGGGUGUUACAAGAGCUGGCUGCGCAACAGAAGAGUACCACUGAUCUUGGAGGUCAGCAAGAUUACCAAGGGAGUCAAUCUGCGGAACAGAGCUCACCUUUUCAAGGAGAUCAAACAGCGUCAUAUCAAGGCAGUGAGGAUCAAUCGAGCUAUCAAGGAAGCGAGGCCGGUUCCCAAACAGCUGACCAGGGUAGGGAUUCUGGAGAGCAGACAACAGCGUACCAAGGGGUACAAACAGGGGAACAAACAGCCGCCUAUCAGGGGAACGAGGCAGGCGACCAGACAACGGCCUACCAAGGGGGCCUGGCAGGGGAUCAGACGGCAGCUUACCAGGGGGCGGAGGGUGGGGAUCAGUCCGAUUCCUACCAAGGUCAAACUAGCCAAGGUUUCGGACAAGCAAGCGACCUUAGCAGAUACCAGAGCGAAGACACAGCGUCCCAGCCACAGCAGGGCGAUGGCCAAGUCGGGGUCCUACAGCAAGGGGAACAAGGCGUGGGCCUGCGGCUACCAGGAGGAGAUGAGGGAGGGGUGCAGACAGGAGACGCACAGACGGGCCAGGAGCAGGGUGGUAUGGUGGAACAAGGGGUCGGAAACCAGGGAGGAGAGGAGCAGCAAAACCCGGAUGUACAGACAGCGGUUAUGCAAGGAAAUGACCAAAGCACUGCUAUGCUUCAAGGCGAACAGACCAACAGCGUACAACAAGACCAAACGAGCUCGUACCAGCAACUGGGUGACCAAGGGGGAAUGGGAGGGGGAGCAACGAACGGCGCUCCUUCAGGCAUAGACGGAGGGUCAAUCGCGAACCUUUUAGGGGGAGGGGGUGGUCAGGACGGUCAUGACGCAGACACGACGAAGCUUAUAAGUGACAGUCAAGGUAUCACGAGCUCAGAUGCUGCGCAAUUGGCGAGCGCUAUAGCGAAUGCGAACAAAGGGCUUACCACAAACGACGAGAGUCAGGCCAGUUUAUCCAAACUUGCUAGCAGCAGCAGCUUAAGCUCACUUAGCUAUACUGGUGGCCAGUCCAACGAAGGCUCCUUCUCGAUGGACUCGCAGCGUCACGCAGCUGAAAUGAUCGGAGAUAAUAAUCAGGGAGGCUACGAGACAAGUCCUGGAAUACCGUCAUACAACAGUCAAAACGGACUCAACAUGGACGAUACAACACAGUUAAACGACGCAGAGGACCAAAGUCCCCUAGGUUACCUAGGUGAUAUGACUCACCAUCACCACCGUCAUCACUAUAACAUCGGCGGUAUAGGGACCUGGGGCGAGGACAGUGACGACGUGCACCACGUGACGCACAUAGGGAGACUUCCGCACCUUAGACUAUCGGAAGCAAGAUAUUGCGCAGGCUGCCCUCGACAUGCGAGCUGCGUCGAUAAAGUGUGCAUCAUUAAUGACGAUGCUCCGCUGGCCAAAAUACUGGCGGCACUCUCAGGCACAGAAAACGAAACGGACGACUGUAACGGUUGUCACCACAAUGCAAAGUGCAUAAAGAAGGAGUGUAUCUGCAAGGCAGGCUUCUCCGGGGAUGGGACCACGUGCAGAGUUGACAACUGCGUGAAUGGCUGUAGCAAACACGGUAAAUGCAUCCGGGGAUUCUGCAUUUGCGACCACUCCCAUUAUUUCAACGGAGCUGAGUGUGCACCUUAUAAAAUAUCCCACCGGCCCUGCCCAGAGGCUUGCGCGAAGAGAUGUACAGACGACUGUCCGGAUAAAUGCUGCAAAGUCCAAGAUGCGACAAAGCCAAGCAAGGAAGAAAACUCCUCGAAGCCUACAAAUAAAGGAGGCUCUUCAAAUAAGGAAGUUUCAACCUUCUUUCUCAAGCCAACGGGACAUGCAAACCACGAUGCCUCUACCUCACCAGAACACCAUGGAAAACAAGAUGAACCCAUUUCACAUCAAGGAAACCAUACGGUAGUUCCACCACAGCAGGCGCACUCGACGGAGGAUUCAAAACCCAGUCAAGACGUGAAGCCUUCUCCAGACUCAAAACCAGCCACAAAGCCGAGCACAGAUAGCAAGACACCGAGCGCUGCAGUAGCUUCUAAUUCUGAUUCUAAAGCAUGUCCGGUCGAGUGCAUGACUGGACAGUGCGGAAAAUCCUGUCCGGCUCAUUGCUGCCUUGGACCGGGAAAAUCCAUGUCUAGUAAACAGUUGGAGAUUUUGAAGACCUUUGCGAGGAAGUUCUGUCCUGAGUCAUGCCGUACAAAAUGCACGAACUCGUGUCCGCCCAUCUGCUGUGAUAGUCGUUCGUUGAUUUCAUUGCUGCAAAGCGCGGCCGGAGGCUCAGAGGUCGACGUAACAAAAACCGAGGAUCUGUUUCGCAACGCGAUGAGCUGGUUCGGCAUGAUGAACUUCCUCAACAUGAUGUACAACAUGAAUCCGGCGGCGCGUGCGCAGUACGCAAGCUCUAUAGGCGCGCAUGUGCACAACGAUGCACUAACAAAUACGCCCGUGCAGACCCCUGGUACGCCCGUGCAAUAUGCGAGCGGACCCGCGGAGCAUAGAACGGCAGAGUAUGAGACAAAUAAUGUUACAUCAGCAGCGCAUGCGCAAACUGCUGACUCGCAUGAUCAAAACGCGGGCGCACCUGAGACGCACCAUUCAGGAGAGCAUGCGAAGAGUUCAGACACAACUGCUAAACCCACAGUGAAAUCCAGUGAAACUGUUCCACAUGCUGUCACAACCAAACCGACGGUCGGUAGGUCUACCACUCCUUGCCCCGCUGCAUGCCGGGUAGAAUGCACACCGUCCUGUGAGCUGCACUGCUGUGCGCCAGCGCAUGACACGUACCAACGCAUCUAUCCACAGGUGCACGCAAGGAGCCGCAUGGUCUCUUGUCCUGCAAAAUGUGCUUCGCAGUGCGACAAAUCUUGUCCUUCAGAAUGCUGCUCGCGUGCAAAGGGAGCAUUAUGUUCUGAGGAUUGCGAGAUACACUGCACACCAGCAUGCGUACGUGCAGAAUGCUGUGGCAACAAAAGCGCGAAAAGCCACGAAGACUCUACGAAGGCUUCCGAAACUUCCUCGAAGGGAAAGUUAGUAUCUUCAAAGCUUCACGAAGUUACAGCAACGGGAAAGUCGAGCAAACCCGAGAUAAAGGCUAGCACCAAGCGAGAGUGCCCUAACGGAUGUCCAACAUCGUGUUAUCCAAGCUGUAACAAGGGUUGCUGUUCCGGCUCGGAGAAGUCCUUCAAGCAGCAAGAAACAUCCAAAUAUGGCGAAUAUGUCGUUAGCAUCCGCUGCCCUGUGGAGUGCAGGCCCUACAAUUGUCUCUCGUACUGCCACCACGAAUGCUGCCUUAGAGACAAUACCCCGUUUAUACACUUGAAAUCGAAAAUAAGUAGUAGUAGUGGAAGUAAAGAGACCGCUGCGCCAAACACGGAAUCCGCAAGGAAAGCAGACGCUAUUGCUAGAUAUAAUGAUUUCCAUUUGAAAGGCUGAUUAGGACAAGACAAUUUAGUGGUAUGCAACUCGCCCGCAACACCUCUACAACUCGAGUCGUGGAGUGUAAAUCAGCCUACGACCUUGCUACGAUGCUCGGCUACGAAAGUCGUUGUUUGUAAUUCAGGGCUAAGAUAUGUCGUAGGCAAGUCGCAUACAACUCAAUCGUGAUUUCUAAAUCAGCCUUUAAAGGUCUUUUCCCACAAGGCGUAAAAUGCUUACCCGCGUGUAAAACCAGCGCGAAUGGGCGCUAGCAGUGAACAAAGCAGUCUAUAAAGAGAGCGAUAUGGUUUCCCCCUUUCUCUUCUACGCGGAUCACCGACUGAUCACCGAUUGAUCACCGAUUGAUUUAGGCAAGUAAGCCUACUUCUUCGCCUACUUCGCCCAUUGUUUUUCUUCACUAGUGAGAAACCGGCUUAUCGUCUUUAAUGUGUGGGCAUUCCAAGACUGAAUAUCUUUAUGUUCCACAUACAAAACGCAGUUAAUCACAACUGAAAAGGACUUGUAUCCAGUGAAACCGUAGGAAAUAAAAUAUACAAUUAUGCAAA